AUGCUUCAUAAGAGAAAGCUAGUCGACCAGUGCACUACUCAUAAGGUUGAUGAAAAUUUGUCGACAGCCCACGACCGGUUUCGCCCUUCUUGGAGCUCAUUAGGUACGCGCAGUCCCCGGGUUUCCGUCAACCUUAUGUUCUACUUGAAACCAAAUUGCACGAAAUUAGCGAAACACACUCAUUUGCAAACCAAACUAACAUCACAGACGAGGGAUUUAGCUGGGUUCCAGGUGAGCCUCCUGAAAAACCAAAUUAGUUUGCAGCCCCAAACAGUGCUGGAUAUGUGCACUGGUAAGCUUGUAGUCUUACAAACAUCAGAAAUACUGUCUAGACGUAAUACACUACUCAUAUGGUUGCUAAAAGCUCUUCAACAGUGUGAAACCGGUUUCGCCCUUCUUGGGGGUCAUCAGCUAGGCACCGAAAGUGUGCUACAGCUGAACGAUUCUUUUUCAUUUGGUCAACAAAUUCAGUGGAAGCGGAUUAUCGAUAACGACAGGUGGAUUCAGUUAAAUCUCUUGCCAAAAGCCGAAUUUUUGCAAUUGGUUGAGGACUGUCCGACAUGGAGUCAGAAUUGUUUAUCCCUGAAUCUGAAGGGACGUGUGUAUCGAGCUACAAUACGAGCUGUUUUGUUGUAUGGAUGCGGGACUUGGCCUAUUCGAGUAGCGGACCUGAGACGUCUUCAGGUGUUCGACAAUCGUUGUCUCGGAACCAUAGCUCAUGUGGGUUUGUGUCGGCGAAUCCUUAACGAGGCAGCCUCACCCUACUAA